AUGGACAAGGUCACGCAAAUUCCCAUCGAGGAACUUAACAGUAUGCUGACCUGCUACAUUUGCAAGGGCUACAUCAUUGACGCUACCACAGUUGUCGAGUGCUUACAUUCCUUUUGCAAAACAUGUAUCAUCAAAUUCCUUGAACAUCGGAACACCUGCCCUGUUUGUGAUACUCUUCUUCACAAAACGCGCCCACAAUAUGCUAUUCGGUCAGACUAUGUUCUGCAGGCCAUCGUGUACAAGUUGCUUCCAAAGGUCUUCGAACGUGAAAUGUCUUCCAGGAGAGAAUUUUAUGCUUCUCUUCCGUCCGAUGACGUGCGUCCUCUUAGUCCUGAAAAACGUGGUGACAUCACUCUCAGCGCCUAUGUGGAUAAGGAAGAAGAGCGUGUCAGUCUGGAGUUAAGUUUUUGGCGGGACUCUCACCCAUCCCCACCGGGUAUCCAACCCACCACCUACCUUCUCUGCCCUCCCGCACUGACGGUGGGUCACUUGGAGAAGUUGAUUCGUCUCAAGUUUGAUCUCAAGCCCUCACAGCACGCAGUUGAUUUCUUCUUUGUCGCGGAAGACGGCGACCGAUUUACCUCGGACUACACCAUCUCCGACCUGAUCUGUCUCAACUCCUGUGCCUCCUCGUGGAUCCGUGCAAAGCGUGGAGGCGUGCGCAAUCGACCCAUGAAGCUCUUCUUCUCAGUCUCACCAGUUUCUCAAUCGCCACGAGACACCGUCGGUUUGUCUCAGGUUGAGAACGGUGCGACUGCUUCAGUUGCCAAUAACCGUGCAGUCUUAACUAGCAGUUAG